UUUUGGGACCUGGGUAUGCUUUUCAGAAUUGCUAACGACUCAGAUUUUGUUUUGAAGAAAGUGAGAAUGUUCGUCUGCACUUGUAUAUUAUUGAUGUUCAUCGGCCUAGUUAAUGCACUUGAGCCAUGCAAUGAAUGUGACUUCAUUAAGUUCAAUCCCUGCUGUGUAAAGGGGAGUACCUAUGUAGAUCUCAAGCAGAGAGGCACAGAGACUAGCAAUACACUUCCGGGUGUUACCGUUAUCCAAGGACCAACUGCCCAGAGCUCCUAUGAAUGUAGUAACAGAGCUCUUUUAAAGAUCAAUUUUGAUGCAUUAACAAAAGAGCCAUGCCAGCAUUGCUUAAAUACAGUUGAGUGUGGGCGUCGCAUGCUCAAAAUUGAACUUGAACUUAGUUCUUCUCAGAGACAAGGUUGGUUGUUUAAUUUGGGAGACAGCGUAACAAACAAUGGCUAUAAGGGGGAUGCAGGUACUCAAACAAAUGACGCCGAGACAGAUGGCAAUUAUCCGAACAUCAAUGUAUAUCUAAAUGACAACUGUCCUAAACCAGGAGCAGCCUACGUGUUCCCGAAUUUUAUUGAUUAUAGUAAAACCAAAACGAGUCUUACCAUCUAUGUCUCCAACGAGUUCAUCCGAGUAAGAACCGACACAGGUUACGAUGAUCAGUUUUGUCACGAGUGUCUGUACGCACUCAACAACCAGCCUGAUGUAACAGGCCCCGUCAACCGAGACCUGUACCUUGGUUUGAACCACGUCAUACAAUCUAGUUCAAGUCGAAGUGGAGUCGGCGUCUGUUCAGCAAGGUUGUCAUGGAUGUGCCCUGAAGUAUAUUUUUGAUUUUUUCCCUGAAGUGGACUAAAACAUUAAUGCCUUACUUUCAUUUAUCUAUAAAACCUUAGGUAUUUAUUGUAAACAAUGACAACCGUUUGAAUUGUUUACAUAAAGACAGAAAUAAAGUUGGCAUAAAAUU